AUGGCGAACCGGCAGAGCGACGCCAGGUCCGACAAGUCGCAGCCGCUUCCGCCCCUGUCCACCCAUGAGGAGUUUGAGCACCUCGCCGACGACCUGCUUGAGAAACAUGGACACGACGUCGUCAAGCUCAGCGAGCUCCCAGACUUGCUAGAGCAGUGCAAAGAUCACGAAUUCUUUAGUGCAGAUGUGAUCGAGAACAUCCGAGUGACCUGCUUAAGCCUUGUUGACACUGGGCAGGACCCAGAACUGGCGCACCCCGAGCUCGUGAAUCUCAUGUCGCUGUUCGCAAAGGAACGUCCAAAGUCUGGAGCAACCUCGCCGUCGGUAACAUCGCCACCCUCGAACGGACGGCAGACGCACUCUAGAAGAGUGUCGGACCGCAUCCGAUCGCCCUCGGACUCAUCGUCGUCGUCGGAUGACGGCGAUUACACCAGCCCUGGCGGUCAGCAUUCAAAGCUCAGCCAAUCCACUUCAUCGAUCCCGCGACCUUUCCCUGGGGCCAACUAUGCAUUACCCUCCGCCAAGGACAAGCCCGCGCCACAGCCUGUUCGAAGCAAGUCCAUAUCGGAGUCUUCCGCUCGCGACGACUCGCCUUUCUCGGCUCGGGCUCCAGCCGCAGAGAAAUACAACAACAUUGGAUCCGCCGCCUUUGCUCGCCCCAACCCGCCGACGUCAUGGCGGCGCCAGAGCCGGGAGCUGAGUCGCGGUCCCGACGACAUGCCGAAGAGUCCAGAGUCCGUUCGAUCCGGCCCGAGCCGUAGUGCGAGCAUCGCCAGCUCGAUCGCCGCCACCUCGCCGCCACCAAGCAUGGACAACCCUCAGUCCCCCGGCUCACCCGCUCUCGACAGCACGUCUUACGUCGCCGGUUUCUUCACGUCGCCGACGCAAAAGGGCAGGAGCAAGCUUCCAGACGACGCACAUGAGCCGGACGCCAUGAACUUGAAUGACCUGAACGAGAUCGAGGACAAGCUGCGAGUGCCAAACGGUGGCGACCACGAGCGUGAUCUGGCGCGGUUAGCGAAGCUCACGACAUCGUCGUCCAACUCGUUGCGGGAUGAGGCCGCCACACUCCGAACCCAGCUCGAGGACGCCCAGCGCAAGCUCCGAGACACCGAGGCCGCACUGCAGCGGCAGCUGGCCGACAGCGAGAGCAUGGCGCACGAGGCGAUGGAAAUGUACGAAGGAGAGCAGGCGAAGCACAAGGAGACGCGGCGCGACGCCGAGAACAUGCGCAUUAAGAAUGCGGCUCUGACCACCGACCUGGCGGGAUUGGAGUCGCAGAUCGCAGGUCUCAAGUCAGCGCAAGAGACAUAUAAAGAGACACUCUCGGGCCUGCAGAAGCGCUACCAGGCGCAACUGAAGGAGACGCAGGACUUGCGUGAGCUGUUGGACGAGAAGGAGGCGCUCAUUGCCAACCACGAUGCGGAGGAGCAGGAGUGGCGAGAACAAGACGAGCGGCGCGAGAAGGAGCACAAUGCACUGAGCCGAGAAAACCGCCAGCUGAAAGAGGAGUUACUCGACGCUGCGCGCAGCAAGGUGCAGCUUGACGUGCAGAAAACGGAGAACCUGACGCUUCGCGAGACCAUCGACCGGCUCAAGGCCGACCUGUCGCACUCAAUGAGCCCAUCCAGCAAGGCGCCGGCGGCCAAACCAGAUGACUCGACGAUCUCGAAGAGCUUAGGACUAGAGAUUCUGCGUGGCUUUGAUACACCAGAGACGGGCGACAUUCUCGAGGACCGCAUCAUCGAGACGACCAUCACGCGUACACUCAUCCGCGCCGGCAACGAGGUCAUGCAGUCUCAGGUGCUGCCGGAAGGCACGGCCAUUGCGAUCGUGGACGAGAACGAGGUCAGCGACCGAGACGCUCUGGCGUCUCCGCUGUCGUCGCCUUCAACGCCAAAGUUCACCUCGCUCCCGAGCCUGACGAGCGACGGCGGUGAGGACGCGCACCCGCCCUACGACGCCCUGGACAGCGACGACGAGGAUGACAGCGCGUAUCUCGCAGCAGCGCGCGAGUCGGGCGUGCACUGCCCGGUGAUGGAGGACGCAUACAAGGCUCGCAAGGCGAGGGGCGAGCUGCCACCGCCAAAGCGGCGCUCCAUGACUUUGUGCGGUGCCGAGUUCAACGCCCCCGGCGUGGCCUGCAUAGUGACGUGGACCAUGCUCGGGGUCGCGAUCGGUGUGUCCUGCGGUUCGUUCCUCUACUCUGGUGGCGGGAACGAGCUUGCGCGCUUCCACGCGCUCAUUGGACGCGGUAUGAUCGGAGAGGGCAUCAUGCCGCACGCGCGUCAGGCAGUCUGGGAGGGCUACAAGCUCACUGGUAACCUGAUCCCGACUUAA